AUGGCACGCUCUGUUGCUUUACUGCUGGUGUUCGCGUUGAUCGUAUCUACAUUGGCAGCACCAUCUAAACCGAAGGAAGAAGAAAAUGAAGAGGAAUAUGACGAUGAAGAAUACGAAGAUGGAGUAAAAGCUGAUGAUGGGAGUAUUGGAAUUUUAGGUAUAAGCGGUGGUACGUUUGAUGCAGGCAGUUUCAGUAUUGGCCAUGGGGGAGACAGUCAAGGGGACGGUGAUGGUGGACACGCUGGCAACCAUGGCAGUACCUCCUAUGGUGGAUCUGGAGGUGAUAAGGGCCAUAAUAAUUAUGGAAAGAAGUAG